CUGUUUCCGAUCAGCUGGAACAACAACAAAAACAAUCGCGCGCGCGACGGCGAGACGGAAACGGCUGAGCUGAUCGACUCAAUCCGGGACAGUUAAAGCGGCUAUAAGGAACAUCUGAGCGCUUCUGGAGCUUCAUAUUUACACCUGUGAGCUUCGGAUGAUUGUUUUGUUCUUCAUGUGUUUGCUCAAACCGGUCAAACUUCCUGAAUGAGCCGAGAACUGCACCGAGCUGGAGGAAGGGCUGGAACACAAACAGUUCUGUGCUGUCAGAGUCACAUCUUUUGCAUUUUUUCCCUAAAAAUUAGGUGUUCUAUUCCUAAGACCAGCUUGUGCAUGAAAGUUUUAGCGAUUGCAUUUUGAAAUUGGGUAAAAAAAGUGCAUCUUUUUAAGCUUUUUGGCCCAUUUCCUUUUCUAGUGCUUGUUGCCUAAUAGGCCUGAGCUUGCCUCAAAGCUGACAUGAUUAUAAAAUAUAACCUGCAUUAAUAUUAGUGUGUACUAGUGUUUCUGUUGCAGUUUUUACUCUUAAUCUUUACACUGUAUGUGUGUUCAGCCAUUAGUACCAAAACAACCGAGACUUAAUCUCAUUCAUUACAAUUAAAGUAAGAUUGCAUGAGUAAUGAAUAAUGUAAGCUACAAUCCUGCUCUUAUAACAUGUUCAUAAAGUCCAUUUGAAAAACUGUAUCUAUAUAUUUUAGCGUUUUGUAGUGUUCUGAAACUACAAAAAAAAACACUUCAUAUUAGUGAACCAAUGGGUCAUCAGUAUCAGUUUAAAAGCAUACAGCUGAAACUGAGUCUAAUUUUACUAUUUUCAUCAUCAUCAUCAUCGUCAUCAGGCAUUUCAGUGAAACUCUAAGACAGGAAGCUGAUUUAAGUAGUUGUUGUAAGAAAAAGUGAAAGGCCGCAUCUCGGAUGGCGGAUUCGGUGGCUUCUGGUCACAGCUCGGAGGAUCUCCUGGCUGACUUUGAGACUCUCCUGAACAGCGGUAGUAUCGACCUGAGUGCAGAUCAUCAGAUCGUCAUCAUUUCUCCGGCAUGCAGCAGUGUGGAGCUCCUCCAGCCCCGGAGUACGGGAACGGAUCUGCUGCUGUUCUCCACCCCACACAACACCGCACCACCAGCACAGCAGCGCAGAGACACCGCACCGGGCCGCCCACCGGUGAAGAGAAAGUUGGAUUUGGACAACGAUCACCAGUACAUCAGCACCACCAGACCACCUCCACCAUGUCCUGCUCCUCCUGCUACACCUGGACGUCCCAGAGUACCCCGACUGAGCACGGAGAAAUCACGCUAUGAUACAUCCCUGAACCUCACCACCAAGCGCUUCCUGGACCUGCUGGCUCAGUCUCCGGAUGGUGUGGUGGACCUGAACUGGGCUUCACAGGUGUUGGACGUCCAGAAGAGACGCAUUUACGACAUCACCAAUGUCCUGGAGGGCAUUCAUCUCAUCUCUAAGAAAUCCAAGAACAACAUUCAGUGGCUUGGUAACCGUCUUGAUGGCGCCUCAGUCGCCCGCUAUCAGGAGUUACAGAGAGAAGUGUCUGAACUGUCUGACGCUGAAGACAAAUUGGAUGAGCUCAUCAACAAGUGCAGCCUGCAGCUCCGCCUCCUCACAGAGGACUCCGAGAAUAGAAUGCUGGGAUAUGUGAGGUGUCAGGAUCUGCGCAGCACCGUGGAUCCCCCGGAUCAGAUCGUCAUCGUGAUCCGAGCCCCACCUGAGACGCAGAUGACAGUCACGGAGCCCAGUGAGGGGUACCAGAUCUCCCUGAAGAGCACCAAGGGUCCCAUCGAUGUUUUCCUGUGUCCUGAGGACAGCUCUGGAGUUUGUAGUCCUGUAACGGGCUGCAGUCCUGCAAAAUCAUUCACUCACAGCCCUCCCUGUCUGGCCUCGUCCACACAGGAAGUGAGAUCAUCGACACCAGCAGUGCUCUUGAGCGCCUCCCCGCUUCCUUUAGCGAAUGAGACAGAGUCGAUACUGGACCCGUUCCCAGGUAUCAGUGAGAUGGAUGACUUUGACCCCUUGACGUUGGGAUCAUCAGACUUCCUUCUGGAUCGGGCUGGUCCCGGUUCUGGCUCGGAUCCCUUCAGCCUGCCAAUUGACAGCUUCAUCAGCUUGUCUCCGCCCCACACACAGGACUACCACUUUGGACUGGAGGACCAUGAGGGCAUUAGCGAACUGUUUGACUGUGACUUCACCGAUCUCGGCCCUCUGUUCUGAGAGUCUCUGUUCGUAUUAUCCAUUUGCUUCACUUUAUCACUUAGCACCAUGCCUGUGUCAAUGGACUGAAAAUAUUGGCACCCAUUUUUAAAGGCACUUUUUGAAUAUUGUCUCUAGCAGCAAAAAAAAAAAAAAAAUCCACUUAUCUGGGGGGAAAAAGGAAAAACUGAAUCCUGUUUGCAUAUUUAGCACUUCCUGCUUCAUCAUGCGAAACAUUGCUGCAGCUCAGAGCUGCCUUUUGUUCAUUAUCAGCACUUCACCAUCUCCAAGCUCUGCUUCCUUAAUCAAUUUAAUUUAUUUAAACAAUCUCCUUUUCUUUUACUGUUUAAAAUUUGAGGUGGACAUAAAGAGGGUUCGUGUGUUAUGUGCAUAGAAGUGUGUGUGUAUAGUGUGUGUAUUUGCGUGUAGAGAUUUGUAACUGAAUCAUAAGGUUUUGCUCAGGUGAAUAGACAAGUCCUGCGUUACCGUGUGUGUGUUUUAUAACACGCCCUCGUCAGUUUGUCCUCGUGUGUAACGGAUGAGUGCCCCCUUGCAGCAGGAGAGAAGUGUGUAAUGCUUGCUAAAUCGCUGGUAGCGGAAACUAGUGAGGUUAUUUUAGCUACCAUGUACAGAUAUAGUCAUGGUUGUCUACGUAAAACCUUAUUUUAAAAAAAAUGCAUUAUAUUGCACAGCGUUUUGCGGAGUUGAUCCUCGUCCUUCAGUCAAACUGAUAACGUAAACAAAACCAUUGUUAAAAUGGCAAUGGUGAUAUAACUAUGGGAAAGGGCGUGUUUAUAAAAAGAAUUAGUAGCAUUUGUGUGUUGCUUGAAUUCAUGCAGGCAGUGGAGGAUAAACCCCCCCCUUCACAGAAUGUCUGCACGUUUGCAGUGGUUUUUUUUGUUUUUUUUUUAACUGGUUGAUAUCUGAAAUCUUUUAAACUUUUCAUAAUAGUUUUACCUCUCAAUGAUUGUGAAAUCUUUCAUCACACGUUACAAUAAAAGUGUAGUACUGCAUAAGCGUUCACUAGAUCACGAGAUCUAUAAUGAAUAUUGUAUCGUAUAACCGAUAAUUGGCACAAGCCUAAAUGUGGCACUGCUAUACAUGGGUGGGGCGAUGUGAUGACAAAUGUCAUAAUUCUUGAAGGUAUUUCUAUAAUACAUGAGAUAUAAAAAAUUUAUUCUUAAUGCUGAAAAGGAGAAAAAAAUAGGGUUUUUUUAUUUCGUUUGUUUACAAAAUUUUAGCAUCAGCUGCUUCUAGUCAGUAAUUAUUCAAAAAAAACCCAUCACUGUAUCUUAGAAAAAUGUAUUGUGAGAUAAUUUAAUCAAUAUUGAUAUUGGCUAUAUCGUCAUAUCACCCAACCCUAAGAAUGUCGUGGCUCGUUAGAUUCCUUUCAGCUGUAAAAUUAUCCUUCAUCCAGGAUGUGAUCCCCCCCCCCCCCCCCCCCCAAUCUUGUGUCCAAAUCAUAUUUUAACUUGCUCGAUCUUCUUCCUUAUUUCCCAUUUAAUACAGGUUCCAAUGAUCCAUUAUGUGAACCUGAUUUCUUCAAUUGCUACCAAAACAAAGGUAACAGAAACCCUUAACUAAAUAUUUAAUAAGACAUACAGUUUCAGUAUAUUCAGGAUUACAAACUACUAAAUCACAAACUAAAGAGCUAUGACGAGCUGCACAGGUCUUUGCUUUUGGACAAGCAUUUUGAAAGGAAUUCCUCUUUAAAAGUAGGAAAGAUCCCUUGUUUGGAGGUUUUAUGCCUGAUGUUGUCAGUGUGCGCCUCUAACUUGUUGCUCCGGAGUCUCUUAAAAAUUCCCCCCAGACAGGAAUUUUCCAUUUCAUUACAGAGAAUUAAACACAGUGGUUCGUUUGUUAAAAAUAUACAAACGUUUGCUAUAUUCGGCUGUAAGAGUCCCUUUAAGUCCUUUAAAUUCAUAGGUAGUAUAUUACAUUAUGAUUAAUUCCUGUGGAUUUAUUUCCACAUGGUAGUCUCCUGAAAACAGGCAUUUGAACUGCCAUUUAUAACCAUGUUUGUACAGCAAUAGAUGAAUUUAUUUGAAUUAUUUUUGUUAUUGAUAUUUGUUUAUUUAUUUUAUUGAAAUGGUCAUAGCGUAGUCAGUUUUUGAUAGCUUGCCAUUUAGCUAGUUAGUUUCUGGAAAUGGAAAUAUUUAAUUAUUUGACUCCCCCCUUCCCACUUGUAAUAAUACAUAUUUAUAUAAAUGUAAGCGUAACAUUUUCUAGCAGCCCUUUGCUACAGAGGUGGUUCAUUUUUACAUCCAGAAAUUCAGAUUGUUAGGCGCCAAAAGUUUUGAGAUCUCUGUUAACUGAAAGAUCAAAGGUGCCUUUUUUUUUUUUUUUUCAAAAAUUCUAAAUUUUCCAAAUGUACCAUUGUUAUAAGCUUCCAUUUCCACUUUUUGUAAAAUGUAUAAUUUCUCGUAAAAUGUUAUACACUGGCUCUGCGUUUCAAUACUGUUGAACACUCUCUCGUCGACUUUCCCAUACAGCUCACAUCUAAUGGUUUCAUAUACAGUGUUUUUUUUUUUUUUUUUUUUUUACAAAACUAUUCCUCAGAAAAUCAGGAUUUCUGAUAUCAGAGUUUACAAAUAGUGGCACAGAAAUGGAGCUUCUCAGUGUGGCACAACAGACAGGCUGGUUAGCCAUCGACGCUAACUGAAAUUAUUGUUAAUUUUACUCGUGCUGGGUAUUUUUUUUUUUUUUUUUUUUUUUUGUAUUUUUUUUCCUCACAUCUGAGUGAAAUGUUGAUACUCUUGACAGUUUUAUGUAGUUUUUACUGUCACUCCAUCUUUACAUUAGCCUAACAGCAAUGUGUUAGCUAGAUUGCUAUAUAUUAUAUCUGUCGAGUAUUUUCCCAGCACGUAACCAGUAUUUUCUUACUAUUUUAAUCAUUUAAACAGAAAUACUGUCUUGUGUUGACAUUCUUACAUCAAAAGCAUAAAGUACCAUAGUUGUUUUACAAACUAGCCAGUAAAAAUUUAUAAAAUAUUAUUGUUCCUGCCUUCUGGGUAAUACCCUCUUCCUGAUGUUCUUGAAACCACCAUAAACGCAGUGAUGAAUAAGGGUAAAUAGGUAGGGGAAGGCGACGAGGGUGUCAUGAACAUGGUAUUGAAACACAGCCCUGGUUUGUAUAGCUUCUUGUAGUCAGUAGAAGUUUUAUUUAAUAAGCUAUUUCCCUCGUACAUGAGUAUGAGUUAAUAAACUGCCUGUGUGUGUGAGAACAUGGCCGGGUUUUCAGAAAGGCAGCUUGUUUUAUUUUCUAAGUGUGCACUUGUGUGUGUGUGUGUGUAAAGGUUUUAUUUGUCAUUUCGAAGGUGUACAGUGUGUUUUAAGAAGUUUUAAGGUUUUGUGUGUGAGAGUGAGUGAUGUCACAUUAAUUAACUGACGCAAUUUAUCCUCGCGUGCAAGAAAACAAUUGAAUUUUUUAAUCACCACCAUCCAACGGAAAGAUUUGUUGAUCUGAAGAGAAUGAAUGUCCAUAUGCAAAUUCUUUAUUACAUGGCUUUUUGAUGACAGGCAGUGGAAAAGAAAAAAUGUUUGUUUCAUCAACAAUUCCAAUAAAUCAGUUAUCUCCC